AUGUCCAAUGAGUUGGCUAGCCAGGCGGGCUGGGAAGCCAACCCGCUAUCCUUCCUGUACCGCCAGGCCGUCAUCACACCAGCCGAGAUCCCGGAAGAAUUCGACUUGUCUGAUUGCACUCUCAUCAUGACGGGUGCCAGUAGCGGCCUCGGGCUCGAAGCAAGCCGUCAGUUCCUUGAGCGUUCACUCGGUCGCCUCAUUAUGGGUGUCCGCAACACAUCAAAGGGGGAGGCCCUUGCCGAAGGCCUACGACGGGAAUUCCCCAUGGCGCAGAUCCAAGUAUGGCACCUGGAAAUGGAGUCAUAUGAGAGUGUUAGAAACUUUGUUGCAAGGUGCAAGAAGGAGCUGACGCGGAUCGACAUCGUCAUCCUCAACGCUGCGGUGGUCGCCCAAAACUUUAUAGUCUCCCGGGAAGGCCACGAACUGAUGCUCCAAGUCAACUUUCUCUCUACCACAUUACUAGCCCUACUUCUACUCCCGGUCAUGAAGCAGAAGAAGCCGGCGGGAGACCAGGCGAGGCUAGUCAUCGUCAGCUCGGAUUUUACGUAUUGGCAUACGCCAGAAGAGGACAUGGUGACGGGUUCAAUGUUCAAGCCGGCCGACAAAGAAACCCUGUGGGAAUCUGGGAAGAAUUAUCAGCAGUCCAAAUUCCUGGGCCAGCUUUUCGUAGCAAAGCUUGCGACCUACGUCAACCCGAACCAGAUCAUUGUCAAUCUCGCCAAUUCGGGCCUUACCAGCGGUACCAACAUCGUCAAGCCAGCAAGCGAGUCAUGGUUCAUGGGCCUGAUGAAGAAAACUAUCGGCCGCAGCGUGGAGGUUGGCGCUAGGAGCUAUCUUGAUGCGGCAAUAGUAAAGGGCAGAGAGAGUCACGGAAGCUUCACCUCGGACGGACUUAUCAAGCCAUGGCCAGCUGUGAUGUACACAUCUGAGGGGAAUGGCCUCAAGGAGAGGAUAUGGGCAGAGACGAAGAAGGAGCCUGGUUUCGCAGAGGCCUUUGCAGAGGUUGAAAAGGGCCUCUGA